CUCCUUUAGUUUUAUCAAUCAACUCUUCCUUUUUCUUUUUCUUUUAUUAUUAUUUUUGUUUGCUAUUUUGCUGGAUAUGCUUCCCAUGUAUGUUCACAUGCGCAAUGCAGAAUCAAAUCUUUUGCUGGCAAAGCAAUCAGGGUCCCCCAGAAUCCAAGUCAUGCCUUUUGGUUUCAGGUUACACUUUGUAUCCCCAGCAGAUGUUGAGGAGCUCUCAGAAAAUUCAAGGACUUACAGGGCAGUUUCCCCUUUUGGAAACAAAAUUGAUUGGAGAAGAGUUACUGCCACAAUCUGAGGCUGAUUAGAUCGAAAAUAUGUUCCUGGACCUGAAGGAAUUGUCAGAAUUUCAUAAAAGAUCAUUUGAAUGUGCUGUUGACCCUAUCCGCGGUAUUGCAGCCAGUCAUCUUUCGCAGGUGCUGUAUGUUAAAACUUUGAUCCUUUUAGUUUUUAGAGUAUUUGUUUACUGUGUUUGCUAUAUUUCUGCAGCUUGUAGUUAUUCAUGCUGACCUGAAUGGCCACCUGAAGUCACUAAAAGAUUAUUUUCUGU